AUGCGCGUGGUUACCAUCAUAAUCCUGCUUUUCUUUUGUAAAGCCGCUGAGCUCCGCAAGGCAAACCCUGGGGGUGUGAGAAGCCGAGCGAAUCCUGGCCGGGUGGGAGGGGGCCGGAGAGGCUCCAACCCGGUCAAACGCUACGCACCGGGCCUCCCCUGCGAAGUGUACACGUAUCUUCAUGAGAAAUACUUAGAUUGCCAAGAAAGAAAACUGGUCUAUGUGCUGCCCGGCUGGCCUCACGAUUUGCUGCACAUGCUGUUAGCAAGAAACAAGAUCCGCAUAUUAAAGAACAGCAUGUUUUCCAAGUUCAAAAAGCUGAAAAGCUUGGAUCUGCAACAGAACGAGAUCUCCAAAAUUGAGAGCGAGGCUUUCUUUGGUUUAAACAAACUCACCACUCUCCUACUGCAGCAUAACCAGAUCAAAGUCUUGACCGAAGAAGUGUUCAUUUACACACCUCUCCUGAGCUACCUGCGCCUUUACGACAACCCCUGGCACUGUACCUGCGACAUCGAGACGCUAGUUUCAAUGCUGCAGAUCCCAAAGAACCGAAAUUUGGGGAACUAUGCCAAGUGCGCAAGCCCACAAGAACUAAAAAAUAAAAAGCUGCGGCAGAUAAAAUCAGAAGAGUUGUGUAAUGAAGAAGAAAAGGAACCGCUGGACCCGAAACCCCAAGUGUCAGGGAGACCCCCGGUCAUCAAGCCUGAGGUGGACUCUUCUCUUUGCCACAUCUACGUGUUUCCCAUACAAACACUGGACUGCAAAAGAAAAGAGUUGAAGAAAGUUCCAAACAACAUCCCUCCAGAUAUUGUUAAACUUGACUUGUCAUACAAUAAAAUCAACCUACUUCGGCCCAAGCAGUUUGAAGAUGUUCAUGAGCUAAAGAAAUUAAACCUUAGCAGCAAUGGCAUCGAAUUCAUCGAUCCUGCUGCUUUUUUAGGACUCACACAUUUAGAAGAGUUAGAUUUAUCAAACAACAGUCUGCAAAACUUUGACUAUGGAGUAUUAGAAGACUUGUAUUUUUUGAAACUCCUGUGGCUCAGAGAUAACCCUUGGAGAUGUGACUACAACAUCCACUACCUCUACUACUGGCUAAAGCACCACUACAACGUCCACUAUAAUGGCCUGGAGUGCAAAAUGCCUGAAGAAUACAAGGGGUGGUUUGUGGGGAAAUACGUUCGGAGUUACUAUGAAGAGUGUCCCAAAGACAAAUUACCAGCAUACCCUGAAACAUUUGACCAGGAUACAGAAGAGGAUGAAUGGGAAAAAAUACAUAGGGAGCACACAGCCAAGAAGCAAAGUGUAAGAAUCACGAUAGUGGGAUAA